CAGUAACAUAACCUAUAGAGGCUGUAUUAUUUUUGUUUCCAAUUAUAUGACUUCAAGAUUAAAAACCUAACAAAGUAAUACUUGUCUUGACUUACCGCAUAACAUGUCUUCCAUACAAGAACGCUUGCAACUCAAAAGGGAACCACUGGAUAAAUGGUCGAUUAGGGAGCAGCUUUGCUUAGCAUCAGCGGUAGCUCGAAGCGGAGACCAGAAUUGGAUGUCCGUCAGCCGGGCGUUAAAACCGUUUGGUGAUCCAAAUAGACCCGCCGAUUGGUUUCAUCAGAAAAAUUGUGCGGCCCAGUACGGGGCUCUGUUAAGCACAGUUGAUACUCCCAAACGUAAGAAAAGAACAUCGGGUCCCGAAAACGUAGCCGAAACACCGGCUGAAAAUAUAUUGAGGCGUCUGAUAGCCGAACGGCAAGCGGAAUUAAAAAUGUUAUUAGUUGAAGAGAAGGCGGAGUAUCGAAAAUUGCAAGAGGAUAUGGUUUUGUUGCAAUCAGGAAAAGUUUCCGAAGAGCAGCUCGACAAAUGGUGCAAAGAAAUCGACGACGAAGAACGACGCGGUGAGCAAGAGGCUCAGGCCCACGCUCACUGGUUGAAAGAAAGGGAGGCACGGAAACAGGAAAUCGAAAGGACUUGGCGACCGACGAAAGCCCAGUACCAAGUCGCGGGUCAGAAACGAAAAAUCUCUGACGUCACGGAAAACCCUUCUGAUGGAGACAUCCGCGACGGUGCUAAUCAGCAGCAAUCGCCCACUGUGCAGCACCAACAAAUUCAGCAACAAUUCAUAAUCCAACAGGCACAGGAGCCUAACAAGCCGGCGCUGUCACCUCUGCUUACGAGUUUGUUGAAAUCGCCGUCACAAGUUCAGAACGCGUCGUCGUCCAUUUUGCACACAGCCAUAACCAAGCCCAAUCAAAAUCCAACGAUUGCAAGUUUACUAAACUCUUCGACGGGCGUGACUGUGUCGCCCGGCCUUCAGCAUUUAGUUAGUUCGGCUAUCGGUCAAGAACCGGUUACCUCCGAAGAUACAGUAACGCCCGACUUGUUAGACGAUGCUCACUUGCCAAAUCUCAAAAUUGACGAUUUGGCAAAUAGCAUACUUGUGCAGGACGGGCCGUUGCCCGAGAUUAAAAAGGAAGAAGUGGAUGAUAUAAUUUCAGAAAUAAUUGAGAAUGCUCAAGAUAUAGUAGCGGAUCCUGAGCAGCAUCUGCAACUAGACGGUAACGGCGACAUCAACUUGGAACUAGAGGACCUGGAAGACGAAGAAGAAGUACCGGAAAUUGCAGAAUCGAUUCCGAAAGAAGAAACCGAGCUGCUUGAAAGCACCGAAUUACAAGCGGCCGCGCCGAUUCUACCGCCGGCCACCGCCCCCGUAGACCCGUUCGAGUUUCAAGAAGACCCCGUUAUCUUCGAUAGCGGCGUCAAGCCGUCGGCGAAGCAGGACAGCGCAAGUUACACACCGUUGUACCAACAGCAGUCGUUCAAGAAGAUCGAAGAAAAGAAGGAAGCGGAGAAGUCAGUCGAAGAUGCUCCCGCUGAGGAGAAAAUCGAGGAACAAAUCGAGGAGAGCGCAGAAAACAACCUGCCUGGCUCCGUGGAGAUCGUGGAGGUGAUCACUGAGGAAAUCGGUAGCGAGAAGGAGUUAAACAAAGCUCAAAUCGAGGACAUAGUGCACUCUUCCAAGGAGACCAACGUGGAGCAAAUGCCGGAGGAGUUAACGAACGAUGAAGCUCCGCCCGAAGUCAAGGAGGAAACGAAGGCGGAGGAGGAAGAGGAGGGUGCUGUCGUAGAGAACGUUGCCGAAUUUCAGGAAGAGACCGAGGAGAAAGUCGCUUUGAUCAUGGACGAUAAAAUUUCAUUAGAAGUGAAUGUGGUUGAGAACGAACCGCCCAAGCCCGAGCCCGAAAUCACCACCAAGGAGGAGCCCGAAGAAGAAGAAGAAGAAGUAAGCGCGCCGCCAAUCCAGGAGUUCAACGAGGAUCUGUACGACUCGAUGAAUAUGGAAGUUAAGAUAGACAAAACGGGAAAGACGAAGAGAGAUUAUUCAAGGACGAAAAAGAAGGAGGAGAAAGGUUUCGACAUGUUACUGGCCAUAGAAAAAGCCCAGUUAGAAGAAGGGGACGUCGCAGACGAGGAAAAGAAGCACCUCAAGGCGCGGCUAAGGCCGGAAAAUGAUCGAUCGAGCAGCCCGUGGACAGAAGAGGAAGACGUGCAGGUGAAAGGGAGCAAAAGGCGCGUCUCCACUCCAGGGACGCCGGUCGACUCGUUUCCCAACUCGCCGGCGUCCAGCGGCGCUUUUUACGAAGACGAUCGCGAGCAUCGCAAUUGGAAGAAAUCGGUAAUGCUCGUCUACAACCGUUUGGCGUCCAACAAGUACGCGUCGUUGUUCUUGAAGCCGAUUACGGAAGAUCAGGCGCCUGGCUAUAGCAGCGUCGUAUAUCGACCGAUGGACCUGCAGACGAUUAAGAAAAAUAUUGACAGCGGAGUGAUACGGACCUCGUUGGAAUUCAAGAGGGACGUGAUGCUAAUGUUCACAAACGCCAUCAUGUACAAUAAGACCAAUGAUACUAUUUACAAUAUGGCUACGCAAAUGCAGCAGGAGUCCAUACAUCCAAUUGAAAUUUUGCUGCAGGCGCAGGGCGAAGUGAACGUGCCUUUAAGGCGGGAGACGCGUACCAGCGAAUCGGGAACGAAGAGGAAGAGGCCCACCGAAGAGAACAUGAAGAAUAAGAAGAGAAAAGAGGAUUAGCAUUACGGUUUUAGGUAUCUCCCGGAGGGGGUGUUGAAUUUUAAGGAUUUCUUCUGAGGGGCGAGGAGAGUGACAAAGGCGUGUGGGGCCUGUAUGAAUGUUACCCCCCUCUAACUUUUUUAUUUUGUAUUUCACAAAAAAGUUUAAUAUGUACAUUAAUGUAAUAUACUUAUUUAUAUACAAGGUGUGCCAAGCAUAAUAUGUCAAAGUGUUUUUUUUUUUACUUGGAAGCCCGAUAUUAUAUCAUAAAAAGGAAGAUCCUUUUAUCCUGAUUUUUUUUGCCAUAAGGCGGGAAUUUGCCAGAAAUAAAGUCGUUGAUACCCUCUUUUUAACUUAUCUAAAGCUUUAAUCAAAUAUCUAGUCAGGAUAUAACUAAUUAAUAUUCUUUAUUUUACUUCUAAUUAUUCCUUUAAUGUCACCUAUGUUGUUAUGUUGCCCAAAAUAAGUUAUAAGCCCUCGCAAAAAGUAUCUGAAAGAGAAAGAUCUGGGCUAUUGGCUGGCCAUAAUAUUGUACCGCAUUGCCCAAUCUAUUAUUUAAAUAAUCUGCCAUCGGAGCAACAUUUUGAGAAGGGCGCCAUCCUGUUGGUAUAUAAUUUCCGCUAGUUCAUUGAUCCGAUGUUUGAUAAAAUGUUUUUUAUAACAUCCCCGCAAAUAGAUUUCUCUCCAGUCAUCGUCGACUUAUAAAAAAUAGUUAUUAUUAAGCCACACCAAACGUUUAAGUGUGUAAGUAGUGUAAGUUUUGGGCAACCCUGGUGCGUUGCAGGUAGAUUUGUUAAUAAAUAAAAUUUUAUUAAAAAUAGUGGAUAGUUGUUUAACAAACCUACCUAAGGAUAUAUAAUUAUUAAUCAGGAUUUAGAACGCACUGACUAAAUUUUCUCUUGAUAGUUUGCUUUCUUUGAAAUGUCGUAUAAGUGCGCUUGAAUGUCAUUUUGGAAUUCCUUGUGUAUUUCCAUAUAAUUGCGUGUCACCCUAUUUACAUUUUUUUAUAUACAGUGAUAAUAUUUCGGAAUGUUUCGUCAAGUGAAAACAUCAUUCUUUUAACGAUUUUUAAACAAUUAUAAUAUUCAAAACAUACCACAAUUGUCGUAAUUAAAAAAGGACGUGGGGUAAAUGUAGGUUUCUCUUUAUGAAAUAAUAUAGAGGAUUUCCAAUUUAAAAUAAAUAUAACGUUCCUAUGCUAUGUUUUUUUUCUAUAUAAAUAAGUAUAUAGCAUUAAAUCUAUAUAUUAAAAUCUACAACGUCGCAUUAAACUUUUUUUCGAAAAUGGAAAAUAAAGCGAGAGGGGGGAGGAAGUAACAUGUAUAAUGGAUCACCCUGUACAUUGCCGCUUUGUGAAAAUAAAUU